AUGGACAUGGGCAUUGUGAACGCGGUGCAGGUCAAGAACGACGUCUAUGAGAAGAUUGACAAGGAGCUCCUGGAGUUUGUGGAGGACGUGCUGCUCAACCGCUGCGAAAACGCAACAGAGCGCAUGAUGGAGUACGCCGCAACCCUGGACCCCCACUCCAAGCCCACCGCCGUCAAGCGGCUCGGCGCGGCGGCCGGCGACGCGGGCCCCAAGAAGGCCGCCGCGGCGAGCUGGCGCGACCUGCCGGUUGAGAAGCGGCUGGAGCAUGCGCUGGUCAAGGGCAUCGAUGAGUUUGCGGUGGUGGACACCGAGGAGGCGCGCUCUUGUGGCCGCUACCCCAUGCCGCUCAACGUGAUCGAGGGGCCGCUGAUGGACGGCAUGAACGUGGUCGGGGACCUGUUCGGCGCUGGAAAGAUGUUCCUGCCGCAGGUUAUCAAGUCGGCGCGUGUGAUGAAGCGCGCCGUGGCGCACCUGCUGCCAUUCAUCGAGGAGGAGAAGCGCAAGGCCGGCGGCGACAUGACCGUGGAGAGCAACGCGGGCGUGUUUGUCAUCGCGACCGUCAAGGGGGACGUGCACGAUAUCGGCAAGAACAUCGUGGCGGUGGUGCUGGGCUGCAACAACUUCAAGGUCAUCGACCUGGGCGUGAUGACGCCCUGGGACAAGAUCCUGGACGCUGCCCAGGAGGCGAAAGCUGACGUCAUUGGUCUCAGCGGCCUCAUCACCCCCUCCCUGGACGAGAUGGUGACCGUCGCCAAGAAGAUGGAGGAGCGCGGCAUGAAGACGCCGCUGCUGGUUGGCGGGGCGACCACCAGCAAGAUGCACACGGCGGUCAAGGUGGCGCCGGUGUACUCGGGGCCGGUGGUGCACGUGCUGGACGCCAGCCGCAGCGUGCCCGUCGUGCAGGCCCUGGUGGACAAGAACGCGGAGCAGCGGCAGGCGUUUGUGGAGGAGGUGCGGGAGCAGUAUGCCGAGCUCAGGGAGGAGUUCUACGCCGGCCUGGAGGACAGGAGCUCACCAGUAGCACACCAGCAGGAGCAACAUCAGCAGCAGCAGCAGCAACAGCAGCAGCAGUACCUCACCCUGGCCCAGGCCCAGGCCAAGGCCUUCAAGGUUGACUGGUCAGACCCGGUCAACCGCCCCGUGCGGCCGGCGCUGCUGGGCACCAAGCUGUUUGAGAACUAUCCCAUUGAGGACGUGGUCGAGUACAUCGACUGGAACCCCUUCUUCCAGGUGUGGCAGCUGCGCGGGCGCUACCCGAACCGCGGCUACCCCAAGAUCUUCAACGACGCCACCGUGGGGUCUGAGGCGAAGAAGCUGUUCCAGGAGGCGCAGGACAUGCUCAACGACUUCAUCGCCCGCAAGCGCGUCCGCCUUAACGGCAUCGUGGGCAUCUACCCGGCCAACUCUGUCGGCGACGACAUCGAGAUCUACAGCGACGACGCCGCGCGCGGCGAGGUGCGCGCGCGCUUCUACGGGCUGCGCCAGCAGGCGGAAAAGGAGGGCGACGAGCCGUACCUGUGUGUCUCGGACUUCAUCGCGCCGCGGGAGACCGACGUGCCGGACUACCUGGGGGCGUUUGCGUGCAGCGCGGGCCACGGGCUGGAGGAGGUGGUGGCGGAGUACAAGGAGGCAGGGGACGACUACAGCUACAUCAUGGCCGAGGCGCUGGCGGACCGCCUGGCGGAGGCGUUUGCCGAGAAGCUGCACGAGCUGACGCGGCGAGAGCUGUGGGGCUACGCGCCUGACGAGGCGCUGAGCGUGGACGAUAUGCUCAAGGUCAAGUAUCAGAUGUGA